GCAACGGUUGUUACUCGUUCAGCAAAUGAGUAGUAAACAUCAACUUGUAUGGUUAGACUCCGCUCUAAGCACCAGGGACACCGGCAUUGACAAACGUGAGCCCUGUCCCCACUUGGAGCUUAUGUUCUCUGGAAGGGCAGAUAAGUAAACAAACUUGCAAUAUGUAGGAACUGUGAUGUGGCAUGAAGAAAACAAGCAAGGACCUGGUAUAUAAAAUAAUAUGAUGCAACAAACCACCAACACCGUAGAGGAGCCCCUGGAUCUCAUCAGGCUUAGCCUGGACGAGCGAAUUUAUGUGAAAAUGAGGAAUGACAGAGAGCUUCGAGGCAGAUUACAUGCUUAUGAUCAGCAUUUAAAUAUGAUAUUGGGAGAUGUGGAAGAGACUGUGACUACCAUAGAAAUUGAUGAGGAAACCUAUGAGGAGAUAUAUAAAAUGAGGAAACUGAGGCAUCUAGAGAGAGAGGAAGUGCCUUGCCUUGCAGAUGGCAGUGCCCGUGUUCAAACUCAAGCCUGUCUGACUCAAGAUUCAUGUUCUUUCUGUUGUGUCCACAGCCUUGAUUUAAAGCUCUUGAAAAAUACUACCCUGUUUGUCUGACUUCCAUUGUUUCUGAUGAGAAAACUGCUGUCUUCGAAUUCCUUCUUCUUUAUAGGUAAAGUAUAGUUUUUCUCUGAUGGUUUUUAAGAUGUUUUUCUUUGUUUUUAGUUUUCAUAAGUUUAAUUGUGAUGUAUCUUAUUGUGGAUUUCUUUGGAUUUAUCUUAUUUGACAUAGCCUAAGCUUUUUAAAUCUGUAGGCUUACUUCUCUUGACAAACUUGUGAAGUUUUCAGCUGUUAUUUCUUUUCUUUCUUUCCACUUUAUUUAGGCAUGAUUGAUAUACAAAAACCCUGCACAUAAUUAACGUGUAUAAUUUGGUGAGUUUGGACAUAUGUAUACACUCACAUUACCAUCACCCUAAUCAAGGUAAUAAACAUAUUGAUCACUUCUAAAAAUUUCCCUAUGUCCCUUUGUGUUGAUUUGUUUGUCUACCUGUUUGUUUUGUGGUAAGAACACAUAACGUGAGACCUGCCCUCUUAACAAAUGUUUAAGUUCAUAAUGUCCCCUCAUUU